AUGGCAGAUCCAGCUGUAGUAUUGGCGAAGAAGGCGAAGAUCGAGGAAGCGGAAAUAAAAGACGGCUGUGUUGGUUAUGAUAUCGAUGCAUAUUUUGAAAAAUUCAGACCAGAUAAAAGUAGUCGGUGUACUUGGACGAAAGAUUCAUGCGCUAAAGAUAAUCCUCAUAUUCACAAUGAAAAUGUAAAUAAUAAAAAUGAAAUUUUACCAAACAUAUUGCACGCCAUUGGCAAUACACCUUUGGUGAAGUUGAACCGAAUACCUCAAGCAGAGGGCAUUGAAUGCGAGAUUUUGGCAAAAUGUGAAUUUUUGAAUCCUGGUGGCAGUACUAAGGAUAGAAUUGGAUGGAAAAUGGUUGAAGAUGCUGAACGUCAAGGAUUGCUAAAACCUGGAAUUACAAUAAUUGAACCAUCAUCAGGAAAUACUGGAAUUGGAUUAGCCAUGGCUGCUUCGGUUAAGGGUUAUGGGUGCAUGGUAGUAAUGCCAAUGAAAAUGUCUCGUGAGAAGGUAGAUGCUCUACGAUUGCUGGGUGCAAAAAUUAUACGUACACCUACAACAGCUGCUUUUAAUGAAUUGGAUGGUUUGAUACGUGUAGCACAUAAGUUACAUUUGAAAGAUCCAGAAAAUACCAUAAUACUUGAUCAGUAUCGUAACAAAUAUAAUCCACUGGCACAUUUUGAUGGGACUGGCCAAGAAAUAUUGGAUCAAACAAAUUAUAAAGUAGAUGCAGUAGUGGCUGGUACUGGUACAGGUGGCACAAUCACAGGCAUUGGCAGGAAGUUGAAACAAGAACUUGGAGAUAAAUGUCGCAUAAUAGCAGCUGAUCCUUAUGGUAGCAUCUUAUCACUGCCUGAAAGUCUUAACGAAACGGAUAUACAGCUGUAUGAUGUAGAAGGCAUUGGCUAUGAUUUUGUGCCAACAGUGUUGGAUAGAUCAGUUGUAGAUGAAUGGAUUAAGACUGAUGAUAAACACUCUUUUCCCAUGGCUAGAAGAUUGGCACGCGAAGAAGGAUUAUUGUGUGGUGGAAGCAGUGGUUCAGCAAUGUAUGUUGCUCUUCAAGUAGCCAAGACUAUGAAGAAAGGUCAAAGACUAGUUGUUAUAUUGCCUGACGGCAUACGAAAUUACAUGUCCAAGUUUGUUCAAGACGAAUGGAUGCGUGAAAAAGGACAUGACCUUGUUGAAGAUGAGCAGCAAUUGUCUAAGAAAAAUUAA